UCACCUCAGAGGGAGCGGCCGCGGGGGACUCGCUCGCUCGCUCGCCGCCGCAGGUGCCUCCUGCCUGCGAAUCGCGGCGAGCCCCCGAGGGCUGGCUGGCUGGCGGGCGGGCUCCCGGGCUCCCUCCGCCGCGGGGACAGUCGGCGGGCGCGGCGGCGGUGGCGGCGGUGGCUCCACCACCUGUGGCGGCGGGAUGGCGGAGCUCGACAUCACCCCGGCGGCCGUGCUGGGCUUCCUGCAGGAGCGCGGCGGGCGGGUGCGCAACACCGAGCUGGUGAGCACCUUCCGGCCGCUGCUGGAGGCCGGCGGGGACGCGGCGGCGCGGGCGGAGCGGCGGGAGCGGUUCAAGGCGGCGGUGAACGCCGUGGCCGUGGUGAAGGAGCGCGACGGCACCAAGUUCGUCGUCCUGCGGCGGGAGCUGCGCCCUGCCCCGCCGCCGGGGGACGAUGGCGGCGCCCCCGUUCCGGCCCCCGACCCCAUCCCCGACCCCGUCCCCGACCUGGACCCUGUCCCCAUCCCCGACCCAGUCUCCGACCCCGUCUCCAUCCCCGUCCCCAUCCCUGACCCCGUCCCCACCGGACGGCUCUCGCCGGCGCCCCCCGAGGAGGUACCGUCGCCGCGGGCCGUGUCCGAGCUGCGGGGCCUCUUCCAGGGGGGCGGUGGCGGGGUCCCCCUGCCCGCCGGCGGGGGGGGGUCCCGGCGGGAGCCGCUCUCCAAGCCCUGCAUGCUGCCGGUGCGCUGCGUGCUGCCCCCCACUGCCGCCACCACCACCGCCGUGGGGCCGCCUGAGGAGCUGGGGUCCCCCUUGUCACCCCCGCAGCCAGAGGAGGAGGCCGGGUCCCGCUCGCCCGGCCUGCGGCGGGGGCCCAAGAACCAUCGGGCCAGCGAGGAGGUGGCGGCCGUGCCCCUGGAGGAGGCCGAGCACCAGUGGCUGGUGAUGGUGGCCGGUGGGCAGUGGACCCAGCAGCUCCACGGGCUGCUGCUGAGCGACGCCAGCCUGGCAGCCCGGAGGGACUUCAUCUCGGGCUUCACCGCCCUGCACUGGGCCGCCAAGAGCGGCAACUGCGACAUGGUGACAAAUCUCAUCAGAGCGGCCGAAAAGGGGGGAGUCCACGUCAACGUGGAUGCCAGGUCACACAGCGGCUACACAGCACUCCACCUAGCUGCCAUACAUGGCCAGGAGAAGAUCAUCACCAUGCUGGUCUACAGCUACCAUGCCAAGACUGACCUGAGGGACUACAGCGGGAAGAAGCCGCACCACUACUUAAAGGAAGGGACCUCUUCUGCAGUCAGGCGCUUGCUGGGGGACCCCAGCCUUUCCCACAACGUGGAGCCCUCCGUGCCCAUCAAGAAGUCUACAAAGCUUGCGGCUUCAAUCUUGAGCUCCACCAGCACUUUCCUAGGGGUUAUAUCUGAUGACAUGGCUUUCUAUGAUCUCACCAAAGGUUUAAGGAAGCCCUCGUCCUUAAACAAGCUCCUGGCUGCCACAACGGGCCCGAGGAGGAAGCCAAAGACCAGAGGGGGCUUCCCUUCAUAUUCCUCCCUCUCUGAGGUGGCGGAGGAGGAGGAAGAGGAGGUCGUCGUGAAACGCAGACCUGUUUCUGAGCUGUUCUUUGGCCACUAGACUCUGCCUUCUUGGGAUCAAAAUUGUUCAGUAAUGUGACUGGGGUCUCGAUUUUCUCGUGCAGAAGCAGCUUGGAUAUCUUCUCUCCAUGUCUGUCUUUUUGGAGGUUUAACUAAAUCAGUGACAGGGUCUGGCUCCAAAGGCCACGGGAGGAAAAGCAGCUCAGACAUCUGGAAAGGGAGCUGCCCAGGAAGUGUUAUAAAUGCCGUGUGUACCAUCAUGCCGAUGUAUUGGUGGAGACCGCAAACUUUAUACUUCACGGUUGAAAAACUAAAACAACCUCUGUGUGUAUAGACAGGUUAAAUCCUUAAGGUACAGCCUUCUUGAUCUGUGUUCCUUGGCUGGACAGCAAAAGUGAGGUAAAGAAUUGCAUAUUCUACACUGUGAACAGCAAGCUGGUAGCUGGCUACUUUACCAUGGCUUGUUAUAUAGCAGGCUUAAAUUAUUAGAGGAAAGAUGCAUAGUUUUCUAUGAUGUUUCUGAUUAUUUUGGUAACAGAAGAGGAAUAUUUCUAUUUAAAAAUAUUGUGUACUUUUUCAAAACAAAGUUUCUCGCUAUCAGAAAUACUAACAUAACAAUCUCAAUUGUUGCCUAAUGCAUUUUAUUAGAUGAACAGGUUUAAAAAAAUUUAAAAAAUCAACCCUCAGCACUCAAGUCACCAUGACCUGUCUACCUCAGUUUGAAAGCUAGGUUAGCAUUUUUAAUUUUUUUGUUCUCUUCCUGAAAGACUUUUUGACCAGGUGGUACUAACCACGUGUCUUGAUACUGUGAACAUUUAAAUGACUAUAGUUCAAUCACUUAAUCUGAAUAAAAACCUUGUUGAUAUUUGAUAGUGAAAAACUGAACUGAAAAACUGGGAAUUGGAUCCUGCAGAGUUUCUGAGCAGCCAACUGGAAACAAAGUUAGGCUUGUAUAUUUGAUUCUUUUUAUUUAAAACUUGGCCUUUGAUUUUGACCUAUUUACAAUAAAUAUUUAUAAAAAUUGGGUUUUAUGUUAUGUUAGGUGUGUGAUGAUGGAAUGUCUGCAUGACCUCUUAAAGCAAUGUUGAUCUCAACAGCAUGAAUCAUUGACCUAAAACUAACUCUUCUUCUUCUUUUAUAUUAUAAACAUAAUUGUUCUAUAUAUAGAACUACACGUAGCUCCAAAAAGCAUGUUAACUACAGGUUAAGUAAUACAUUUGCAGUGAGAUUAUUAUUUUUUUAAUUACUAUUUGGGUAAAGUUAAUGUGAAGAGGCAGAGCUAAGACCAGAAACUCUCUGACUCCUGGGGCCAGUCUGCUAAACCAUCACGCAUCACGUUUUCUCUAAAAAUGUAUCUAAAACACCUGUAUAAUUCAGAGGUGAGGAUGGUGAUGGCAAUACUGCGCUUGCUCUGCUUUUCAGCCCCAUCAGGUGUUUCGGUUUCUGUACUGAAACACUGGUUUGCAUGCUUUGCCUUUCUUUCCAAGUCAGUGACUUCAGGAAUGUUUUUUUUUUUCAGCCUUGAAUUAAGCCUAGCACUUCUAAUUGGCUGUAACUGGCUUCUCCCAAACGCUCGGCAAGGAAUGCUGUAGGACUGUGCCGAAGGUGGAGGCACUGCCGUCUUUGACUCUAAAACGUUACCCCUGGAGUUGGUGACAUUCGUUGCGAGCGUAAUCACCGAUUGCAGAGGGGUCUGAUCCACCUGCUCUCAGAACAGACUGGAUUAUUCUGCACCAGUCUGCUUCCGUAUUGAACUAAUUAAGUUGUUAAGCAAACGUUAAUGAUCAAGCACCUCAUGACUUCUAUAUCUGGAGUAGGGUUUAAAAAAAAAAAAAAAUCCUAUUUGCUCCAUCGCUGUUGGUGUGACCAUUGGCCAGAGUGGUCAUUUGAAACCUUGAUUUGUGCUGCACUGUGUCAGCUUGCAGAGUUCCAGGAAAAAAAAGUCUGUCACUCUGUUUUUAAAAGUCUUUCCAAGUUUAUUGACAUUAAACACUUUUUUUUUUUCUGCAUUUUCUGUAACCACAGAAGCAUGUGUGUGUGUUCGCGUCAUGUCUGGGGCGCUGGCAGGACUGAUGUUGCCUGGUAAAAGCAUUCCGUCUCUGUGUGAAUUGGAAACACUCUCUGGUUUGACCCAGCCUUAUUGGGAAGUUUGUUCAUUAGUUAUGGAUAUACGCUCGAUACCUGUUCAAAUCACACAACUGAAUUUUUAGUGCUGAUUCUGAGUAAAACCUACUUGAGUCGGAGGCAAGGUUCAAGGAUGGAGUGUUUUCUGUUUAAAAAAAGCCAAC